UAAGAUUGGAAAAUUAUGGGUGGGCUGAAGAGUGACCUUUUCCUCCGGCCAUGGUUGUUGGCAGAUUCAUUGCAUUUUAUCCUCUUCCAGGGCAUGACUAGACAGAUCUUUCAAACGGCCUUUUUAAAUACUGCAUCACUGAAAAUGAAGCUUUUGCUUCUGAACUGCCGUGCAUUCUUGUCCACUCCAGUGGCUCUGAGUUCAGUAAGAAGGGCUUUUUCUGCAUCUUCUUCUGUUUCUGCCCACAAAUGGGAAGGUGGGGUCUCGAUGGUGCAGGGAGCUUCCAGAGGAAUUGGCCUUGAAUUUGUUAAACAACUUCUGGAAAAGAAUGAGAAAGGGCAUGUUAUUGCCACUUGUCGAAAUCCUAAUGGAGCAAAAGGACUUCUUGAUUUGAAAAACAAGUUUUCUGAACGACUCGACAUUUUACAGUUGGACUUGACCAUUGAAAGUUCCAUAGAGGCGUCUGCAAUGUCCAUAAGAGAAAAUUACGGUUCUUUGAACCUUCUCAUUAAUGCCUCAGGCAUCCUUUCGAUGCCAAAUGUGUUGCAACCAGAAACAACCUUGAAUAAAGUAGAUAAAUCAUCAUUAAUGUUUGCUUAUGAGGUCAAUGCUGUAGGUCCAAUUCUAGUAAUCAAGCACAUGUGGCCUCUUCUGAAAGCUGGAGGAGGCUCAGGGACUCAUAGGGAUGUUGCAGUGGUGGCCAAUUUAAGUGCAAGAGUGGGAUCCAUUGGAGAUAAUCGCCUAGGAGGUUGGCACUCUUAUCGGUCUUCAAAGACUGCCUUAAAUCAACUGACAAAGACAGUGUCUGUGGAGUUUGCAAGAAAGAAAGAUCCGGUAAUAUGCAUUCUUUUGCACCCAGGCACAGUGGACACUGACCUUUCUAGGCCAUUUCAGAGAAAUGUUCCAGAAGGCAAGCUAUUCACCAAAGAAUUCUCAGUUCAGAAACUCUUAGACAUCAUCAACAAUGCAAAGAGCCAUGACAAUGGCAAGUUCUUCGCAUGGGAUGGCCAGGAAAUUCCAUGGUAAUGGGUCAUACUUCCUUGAAAUUACUGCAUUCGUUGCCCACUUAUGUAUCAACUCGUGCAGUUGAUCAAUUUCUUAAGUACUUUAAAAUGCAAUUUAUUUAUGCAUUUUAUUUAUCGCUCUCUCAAAACCCUGUCUAGUUAGCUGUGAAAACAUUAUGCUUGUCUCCUCCCAUUGUGCCUGAACUUGAUUUAUGCUGCAAAUUCUUUGGAAAUAAACAAAAUGAGUUCUCAUUGAUCAAA